AUGGAGCCUAGAUCCGACACCGUGCAAGAGGACUUCAACUAUGAUCCUGAUAGAAACUAUGAUGAAGUCAUAAUGGCCCAGCAGAGAAUCAUUGAGAAAGAGAUUGCUGAGUCUCAGCCUCUCAUCAGCAACCUCUUGACUUUUGAUGAAAUUGUGGAGGAGUACUCCGAUGAAGAUUCUGUCUACAGGCACAAGAUUGAGGAUCUGAAAGGUCGCUACAAGAACAUGAGGAAAACUCGAGGAGACGGUAACUGCUUCUUUCGUGCUUUUGGGUUUUCUUUCUUAGAGAAGUUACUGCAGGAUGCUGACGGGUACAAGAGUUUUGUAGACGUUGUGCACAAGUCCAAGGACAUGCUGAUCUCUCUUGGCUUCCCUCAGUUUACACUGGAAGAUUUCUAUGACACAUUUGUAGAUAUUGUGAAGCAAGUGGAGUGUCCAGGCACCGUGGAGAAACUUCUAGAGACCUUCAAUGACCAAGGACUCUCAGACUAUUUUGUUGUCUAUCUAAGAUUGUUGGUAUCUGGCCACCUGCAGGCCAAUGAAGAGUCGUACAUUCACUUUAUUGAUGGGGAGAGGACAGUCAGACAGUUCUGUAGUCAGGAGGUGGAGCCCAUGGGCCGAGAGAGUGACCACAUCCACAUCGUGGCCCUGACCAAAGCUCUGCAAGUGCCCAUCUGUGUGGAGUACAUGGACCGUGAGGGGCUGGCCUGCAAUGCUUUCAACUUCAACCCUAGUGAUGCAACAGAUGAGGCUGACCCCAAGCCAACUGUGACACUGCUCUACCGGCCCGGCCACUAUGACAUCCUCUACCCCUUGUGA